AUGGCUCGCAAAUCGGGCAACACCGCCCAGGCUGCAGGCACAAACGGCAGCCGAGAUAUUAGGAGCUUCUUCGGGGCUGGCCAUGCACCGAAAUCUGCUACGCCUGCGGUGUCGUCGUCGCAGGCUUCCCAGGAGUCCAGAUCAGAAAUCUCGAGAUCGCAGUCGCCCGAUACCGCCCCGGAGUUGCCAGCUACUGCUCGCAACCAGACCCGAAGUGUGAAGCCGCUCAAGCAAACGGCGACCAAGGAAAGCGCAACACAGGACCUCAAACUCGAACACCCGAGGUCUACCGGGUCGAGCUGUAUCUCCGACAGCCCUCCCACGACCUCUUACAUCGUCAAACUUGAACACUUCGGCGUCGUCACUAUCAGAACUCCAAACCACCCCUGUCCUCCCGUCAUCCCUCCGGCGUUUGAUAUAUCAGACACCGGGCCGCAGGAGACCGCGAUCGCGGUCACGCACCCCAGGGAAGGACGCCACCCCCAAGACGCUGCCAUCAGGGCAGAACAGCGGUUCCUCGCGGAAGGUACGGUUCUCCUCGCUACCUUCGUCAACCAAGCAGUCCCCUGA